AUGAAAUCGGCUUUCAACAAGCUCCGGCCCAACUUUUGGUCGAGGCUGACGCCGUCGUCCGAUGGCGACUACUUUUUCGUCGAGCUGGAAGACGCUCAUCGCACCUGGCACCCUGGAGACACGGUUCAUGGCAACGUGAUUCUGGUGCUAUACAAGCCUCAGAGGAUAAGCAGUGUGGAUUUGAGCUUUGCCGGCAACGUGGUGGUCAAGAGCGCGCUGGUCAAGGGCAAGGGAAGCCGCAGCGUGCUCUUUGAGCAGAAAUUGAGGCUCCACGGAACUCCUACGGCAGGUUCAAACUCCAACACGACACCUUCAAGUGGUAACCACAACAGCCACGUCUCCAACAGCGCCACCAACAGCAACAGAAACAGCGGCAGUCACAUGAGUACGCGAACAAGCAACAGAAACAGCAACAGCCAUGUCGCCUCCAACACCCCCAGCAUGUCCACCUCUCCAACAUCCACGUCAUCAGGAGUUGCAGCAACGGCAGACACAACCACAACGAUGGACACAAACACAAGCCAAGCUUCUUCGACAGCCCCAGAUACCCUGAACCCGAGCUCCUCUACGGAGUUGUCUCGCACGGCUACCCGACAGUCGUCUGACGGAUCAAUAUGGAGAAGCGUAGGAUCUUCGACGCCUGGAGCAGCCAGCGGGGGAGUGGCAGACAUGAUGAUGAACUCGGUGACCACCGAACCGGUGCUGAGCUCGCGCAUGUCCAUGCAUACCACCAACUCGCAUCUCAGUCAAAUGUCGCGCGAAUCGCAUGUCACUACAGCUUCUCGCGAAUCGCACAUGUCGCGUGAGUCCAACACGUCCACAUCAUCCACUUCGGAGGAAUUGGAGAUUGGCGAGCAUCGAUUUGCCUUCAUUCUGGAGAUCCCCCAAAAGGGUCUCUUCAACUCGCUAGAGUUUGAACGAGGGUCGAUUUCGUAUGUUAUUACGGCAGUGGCCAAACGACACGGCCCGCUGCCGGCACUGCAUGCGAAACGAGUGCUUCAGCUGGUUUGUCCAGUUGAUGUGGCUCGUUUGCCCCCUCCUAAACCAUCUACUCUUUCCGUGGAGAUUCAGAAGCGGAAGAAACAGCAAGGCAUCAUUACAACAACGCUGGAAGUCGGCCGAGGAGGAUACUUGCGAGGCGAAUCUUUCCCUGUCAAGAUCACCAUCCAACACGUGAAGUGCGUCAAGUGCUUGAGAGGCCUGGUCGUUACUCUCUGUCGGUUCAGUAAGGUUACUUGUAACGACGAUGAGCCGCAGAGUUUCCGAAAAGAUCUCUCGCAGACAGUCUCACCGCUCUACACUGAUCCCGUUACCUUCUCCUCCACAGUGUCAACCACCCUUAGAAUCCCUCCUGACGUGUUCCCUACCACCAAGGGACACGGCCUGGUCAGUUUCAACUACUGUGUGGAAGUGGUGAUUGAUCUCGCAGGCAAAUGGGACCUGGAAGAAGACCGAACGGGUUUCCUUCAUACUGACAGACUCAAGCGAAACAAGGGAGUUGUCAGUCUGUGGACUGAGGUAAUUAUCGGUACUGAUAGAAGAAGAUACCGAUCCGACAGCCACGCCACAGCCCAUACAAACACCAACCACGUGACCAACCACGUGUCUCAAAAUCAUGGGAGUCCCGGCCACGUCAACUUUGGACAUGUGCCUUCACCCAGCGGCAGCAGUAACCAUGGCAACGGGCAUGGUGCAUAUGGCGUUGGACACGCAUCCCAGUCGUCCUCUCCCGGUAACCACAGCAAUUACAGUUACCACGGCAACCCCAAUCACGGGGCCAGCCAUAUUAACAAUCACGUGACUGCUGGAUCGAGUCACACGUCUGGUGGUCUUUCGGAAAAACAGCUCAUGAAGCUUCGAGAGGAGGCUCUGCUUCCUUCGGAGCCGGCUGCUAUCAGCUCUCCUUCCUUGGACGCGUUUCCCUCAGCUCCAGAGUAUGCUAUUGGCGACGAGGUAGCUGGUUCCAGUGCGGGACCUUCAGCACCUUCUGCGCCAGCACAUACCAUUGCUGGCGUGGUUGCUUCUGCUCCUCUUACACCUUCCGACAAGCAUGAGAACGAGCUGCUUCGUCUCCAGGGACUUUCUUCCGACCCGUACGCGGAUGAGGAUCAUGUCCCGCAAUACAAGGAGAAGGAGAAAGCUCCUGAGGAGGUGGUUGCCAUGCAACUGAAUGAGCUGGCCAGUGUUCCUCCUAUUGAAGGCGAGAUUGAGGAAGUGGGUAACAGUGCAAAUGCCCCUUCAGCCCCCGUGAUGAAUGGCCAUGAAGGGGGCUUUUUUGAUGCUCCCAGUGAGUUCUCAGAGUCCAGUGCUCCUCCCGUUGUUCAUGGUCAUGUUCAUGGACAUGUUCAUGGACACAGCCAUUCUAGCACUGGCACCAUUGUGAGUGGAGAUGCUUCUGCCUCAGCCCCGGCUCCUACCUCCAUUCGCAGCGUUUCUACUGCACCCUCAGACACCCCAACUGCCCCUCCUGUCAUUACGCAUGGGUUCACGGGACCUGUUGGCCCUGGAGUGGUGGACCCCGGCACCAGUGGCACAGCCAGCACGACCGUGGACUCGCUCAACUCCGAAAUUAGCUCUGGUACACCUGCAUCGACCCUGCCAGACACUAACAAGUCGCUUUCUGACAGCGACGAUAUUUAUUCUUAG